AUGCGUCGUGGCACCGCUGUCAUUGACAAUGUCAAUGGUGAGAUCACAACGACCUCAACAGCAUCGAACUACAAGAAACCCCGCGAGCUGUCUGAUAAUACGGGAGCAGCUAUGGAAGAAAGAAAAGGUGGUGGACGCGGAGGCCGUGGUGGGGGAGGACGCGGAGGCAGCACAAGAAAAUUUGACAGGAGCCAAGUUAAUAACGGGCCGUACACCGCCAUUGGAUUGAUGUAUCCGAACGACACGCCAUACCUCAGAGAGGACCUUCGCAAGCUGUACCGUAAAUGGCUGAAGAAGCAACAAGCUAAGGAAACCCGUCGUCUUCGCGCCUAGAAUGCUUCCAUAGACACUGCCAAGCUCAGCUGUCCAGAGUCUUAAAACCAAGUACCGUAAGAGCCGUGUUUUUUUUUUGCAAUGGAAACCUUGUCUACUGUUCGUGUAUUCGACUAUUGAGUAGAAUCAUCUACAAUUCAGAACCCAGUCCUUGGUAAUGAAAUCACCACAAGGCUUAAAUGUAAACGCUCUGAGCAUAGUUUUUUUUAAAGCUACAUUAGGUACUACCUCCGUUCGGAAAAAGAUAACCAUUUGUUU